AUGACACCCAUACCAGAGAAACCAUGGGAAGUUAUCGCUGUAGACCUCGGAGGACCGUACCCAGAUGGUCACUACAGCCUAGUCGCUGUAGAUAAACGUACGAGAUACCCAGAAGUCAAGACUACCCACUCAACGACGUUCAAACCAACAAUGGAGAAAUUGAAGGAGAUGUUUGCUGCACACGGGACACCACGACGACAAGAAAGCGACAAUUGGCCCCCUUUCGAUUCCAAGGAAUUCACAGAAUUCACCAAGCGAGAGGGAUUCUACCACUAUAAAGUCACACCAGACCAUGCCAGAGCUAACGGAGAAGCCGAGAGUUUCAUGAAGCUGCUGAACAGAGCAGAGCAAAUCGCCCAUCUUCAGAUGAAAAGCAGAAACAUCAUCAUCCAGGAGAUGCUUAUUGGAUACCGCUCAAAGCCGCACCCAGCAACUAACAUCACACCAUACGAAGCACUGAUGAACAGACCGGUGAGAACAAAGCUUGACCACAAACCCGCAAAACACACCCAAAAUAUCAAGGACAGCAUCAUUGACGAAAGCGACAAACAGUACAAGGAAAGGCUGAAACAGAAUGCUGAAAACAGGAACACAAAACAACACAACUUUGUAGUUAGUGACUACGUCCUUCUCAAACAGAUGAAGAGGAGACAAAUGGAGUACAGCAUAUAG